AUGGCUCAAUCAAAACGCGACGAAACCAAAGUUACCAAAUCGAAGGGCCGCGAUAGCAUCAAUACUGUUCCAUCUCCGCCAGGUUUUGUUACCAAGCCACUUGAACUUACAAAGCAAGCUGCGCAAAAGGUCCACCACAAGACUGACUUGAACGAACUAAAAACAAGGAAAAUAUGGGAACUCGCUGUUGGACCGGCCAAGUCUAUUCCGAUGAAUGCAUUUAUGAGUUACAUGACAGGUAACUCGUUACAAAUUAUUCCCGUGACAAUGACAAUAAUGUUAUUAUGGAACCCGAUUAAAUCGAUAUUCAAUGACCUUAAUCCGACUUUUCUGAAGUUGAAAACAGAGGACAACCAGCUGAUUAUUCUUUUUGCAAAAUUGGGAUUUAUAUUCUUUCAGUUGAUGAGUAUGUCAAUUGGUAUUUAUAAGCUAUACACAAUGGGCCUUAUACCCCAUCUGGAAGCAGAUUGGCUAGCAUGGUUGGAGGUGGGACCGAGUUUGAAUGUUUUACAUAGUUAG